AGCAUUUAACAGGUCCUCCCCUCUCCCUUCUAUUCAGUAGCAGGGAAGAGCUUUAAUAGUGCAGCGUGAUAGGACAUGCCAUGGGAUGUGCUAACAGUUGCUUUCCUCCAGGAAGUACCUGCUUGUUAUGUAAAGAGGGUGUUUUUAUGUAAAGGCGACUGUGCUAGUGACAUAGCUGUGAGAUUUUCAACAGAGCAAUGGGAACUGACUCCCCUUUCUUGUUGGCUGCGGUGUCUCUUCUGUCUGUCUUGCAAAUGGGCUACCUGGCCCGGCAGGUUGGAUUGUCCAGGAUGGUCCAUAAGGUCCUACCACCCUCUGUUACUGGUCCUCCAGAGUUUGAGAGGACUUUCCGUGCACAUCAGAACUGUGUGGAGUGUUACCCUCUUUUCCUGGUGACACUGUGGACCUGUGGUAUGUUCUUUAGUGAAGUGACUGCAGCUACAGGAGGACUGCUGUACAUAAUCAUCUGACAAAUCUAUUUUAAUGGAUAUGUCAAGUCUGCCAAGAAAAGGUUACCUGGUUUCUACCUGACCCUGGCUGUCUUUUUCACUCUGUCUCUACUGGCUUUAAUUGGAAUACUGCGUGGACUACUUCACAAGUACUUUCAUACCCAUCUCUGAAGAUAGCAGCUCCACCAAAUUCUGCAGAACAGCCAAUUCACUAAUAGGCUUAUGACAUAAGGGUUCAUAAGAGGGUUCAUGUGUUAAAAACUGUAGGUAGUGAUGUUUUCUAUCUGAUUCUAACCAAGCCCAGAAUCAUGUUCUUAAUAAAUGUAUUGUUUUAUAUAAUCCAGCAGAUACCUUUAAGUCAAAAAUAUUUUAUGGAAUAACUCUGGCCUUUGGCAUUUUUACAGUUUUUUACAGUAACAACAAUAUUAGCCUGUGUUUGUCGUAGUAGAAUAUUACUCCUUAGUCACUUCAUGGGCUUUAUUUUGUGCACCUGUUAUUUAUUUGAACCAUUCAGGUGUCUC